AAAAGCUUGUUUGCUAUUUUCAGCAAAGAUAAUCACAAAAAGACACUGCUCUUUCUUCCAUCUCUCUUUAACCUUAAUAUCAUCUCUCCAACCUUGUAAACUAAUACGAAGCAAACUUGUACAUUCAUAGCUAUACAAUGUUUCUAUUUCUUACUGGUUGCAAGGGCAUAGAUACCCUCUUCUCUUUUAUCAUUACCAUGUAAUCACAUGAUGAUGUACUACUCCUUUUUAUAGCUGAUAAUUAAGAAAAGAAGCCUCUUUUUUCUCUCGAAAUUGUGCUCUCCAAAUCUCAUUCAUGGCUAUAGAUAUUCUCACCUUGCAAAAUUUGUAUAUUGAAUCCUGUGGGAGGCAUGGGGUUCUACCUAAUACUUCAGUUUUAUCAGGUUUCUUCGAGGCUGAGGUUAAAAAGUCUUGCAAUGAACUGCGUAACCUCGAAAUAUUCUUGGAUCAACUUAAAGAUUUUGAUUUUCUUCCUCUUCUUGAUGUGUGUAAGUCAAUUGAGACUUCUGAGAUUGAAGCAAUUGACAUACAUAAUGGAUCAUCAUCUGUCUUGAAUGGAGAAUAUGCUUUAGCUCUGAUUCGUGCUUUUAAUCAAAAGCUUCGAAUAGUUGAUCUUCAGGACUCAUUAUAUGAAAAGGACUUCUUGAGGGAGCUGUCACAAGGAGGGUUGUCAUGCCAAGUUUUAAACUUGAGGUCAUCACGUCUUCGGAAUCUCAACUUGUCUGGGGAAUUCAUGCGGAUACACACCCUCAAUCUCGAUUUCAACACUUCACUAACUAGCUUCUGGGAGGAUUGUUUUGCUUGCAUGCCCAAUCUAAUUUGCCUUUCAAUGUGUGCAACAAGAGUUGCUAAUCUCUGGACAACUGUAGCGGCACUUUCUAAACUUUCUUCUUUGGUAGAGCUAAGCUUUCAAAAAUGGUUGUGCUGCAAUGAGACUGGGUCUUCUUCAGCCCCAUCUAGUGGAAAGUCAGAUGAGCAAUGCGAAUUUAGUCAGCUGAACAGUUUUUCUAACAAUGAAGCACCAUCCAUUGAUAUCGGUGAAAAUACAGAUCCUAAUUUAAGCACAGAAGAGGCAUUCAGGAAUAUGUUUUCUUUCAUUGGCUCAACUAUAAAUCAAGAAGUUCAAAACAUGGUAGAAGAUUCAUCAGAUAACAGUGAAAUGGAUUUUUCAAGUUACUGGGAAGAACAUGGUUACAUGGAUUCAUUAUCCAGUGUAUCUCUUGGGUCAAAUAGACAGGCCAACUUGCAGGAUGAGGUGUCUUUUGGCAAUAUGUGCAAUAAGAAUGAUGAGUCCAUGCCAGGUGCUUUAACAAGGGAUAUUGCAGAUGUUGCUUUGACGUAUAUUUCUUCUCAUGCUUCACCCGUAUGCUAUGAGAAACACUAUAGAGAAUACAUGAUAGCUUCAAUGCCCCAUUUGAAAACUUUGGAUAACUUGCCUAUAAGAAAGAUUGACAGGGAAAAGGCUGCUGUUACAUUUUCGCAGUACUUUGAGUACUUACCCUACAAACGAAAAUAUAAAGAGAGUGUUGUUAGUAUUUUGCAGAAGCGUGAAAUAAAAGAAAGUCGUUCUUGUCUGCGGACUGAAAAUCAUAAGCCUUCAUAUCCUUGUAGAAACUCGCAAUACUUCUAUACCCGGUCAUUUUGCGCUGCUAAAGUAGGUUCUUCUGCUUGGCCUUUUCUACACUCACUUUCUGUAUCAAAAUGUGAUUUGGGAGGUGGAAGGAGGUGCUUUCGUCCAAGGCAGUUUGAGUAUCAUCCAUCAAUCUCUAGCCUAUUCGUAUUUGGAACUUUAGAUGGUGAAGUAGUUGUAGUCAACCAUGAGAAUGAGAAAUUAGUAAAUUAUGUUCCCUCACUUGGAGCAAUGAACAGUGUGUUAGGCUUAUGCUGGCUCAAAAAAUAUCCAUCCAAGCUAAUAGCAGGUUCUGAUAACGGCUCAUUAAACUUAUAUGAUGUUGAGCAUAUGCCCCCGACAGUUUCAGGCAUGUAUACGGGUGCUGGUUCAGUCACCUUUGAUGAUUUUGACCAAUUGACAUCUGUUCAUGUUAAUGCUACGGAUGAACUAUUUCUUGCAAGUGGAUACUCAAGAAAUGUUGCUCUAUAUGACAUCCAAUGUGGGAGGCAAAUACAGAUGUUCACUGAUAUGCACAGGGAACAUAUCAAUGUUGUGAAGUUCUCGAACCAUUCCCCAUCGGUCUUUGCUACUUCUUCAUUUGAUCGGGAUGUCAAACUAUGGGACUUGAGACAGAAACCAAUACAGCCUUGCUAUACUACUUCAAGCUCUAGGGGAAAUGUGAUGGUUUGCUUUUCUCCUGAUGAUCACUAUCUUCUUGUCUCUGCCGUUGACAAUGAGGUUCGACAACUUUUGGCUGUUGAUGGGAGUCUCCACUUGAAUUUUGAUAUCUCUUCAAUUGGAAGUUCACAGAAUUACACACGCUCCUACUACAUGAAUGGAAGGGAUUAUAUUGUUAGUGGGAGCUGUGAUGAACAUGUGGUUCGUAUCUGCUGUGCUCAAACUGGAAGGCGCCUCAAAGACAUAUCUUUGGAGGGAAGAGGCUCAGGGAGUUCAAUGUAUGUGCAGUCUCUGAGGGGCGAUCCUUUUAGGGAUUUCAAUAUGAGCAUUUUGGCAGCCUACAUGCGUCCAAACUCAAAGUAUGAAAUUGUCAAGGUUAAUCUGCUUGCGUCUUGCGAUCAUGCUAAAGAAAGCUCUUACAGCCAACAUUCUCAACCAUCCAACAGUAUGGGAGGCUGAUGUUUGUGUAUGGGUUCAUAAUUCAUUGUAAAUUUACUUUAUAACUAAAUAGUAAAUAUUCAUUACCUUUUUCUUUGUAUUUACAUGCAUUAAAAAAAUGUAAAUACCUGGUGCAAAAAUGUUUGGGUGCAAAAGUGUGUUCUAGAGUUGUAUACAGAACCCCUUUCUAACCCAAUAACAGUAUUUUCAAUUACAAUAGCCGAAUGUAUCAUGACGAUAUUUCAGUA